AUGCGGAGAAAGUUCGAUGAGGAUUCCAUAUGGCAUCCUGAAGUCACUGCGAGUGCGGACAGGAAAGUUUAUGGGGAACGGCAAGUUUCUGGUAACGAACCACCAAUAACAAACCCGAAGCUCACUGUCGUUUUGUCCCAGUGGCGAUUUGGUUCAAGUGUGAUCGGCGAUCUCUUCAAUCAGAACUUGGAAGCGUUUUAUUUAUACGAGCCACUGUGGACUAGCCGUAAAAUAAAGGCGAUGAAGACACAUCCCUGGAUGCGGUAUCCACCAACCACAGGGGACGUCUCCCGACAGAUCAUACGCGAGUUAGCGCAAUGUAAGUUCAAUGACGACUUUGUCGAGACAUACAACGAAUGGCAUCCUCACCAAAACAGAGGUCUAUGCAUUCUUCACCCAGAGUGUGUGUUGUACGGUGAACAGUGGUUUGAGAACUUCUGCAAGACGUUCAGGAAAAGCCUGGUCACUAAAAUCAUUCGCAUUGACCUAGAGGAAUUGAGACCACUCGUCGAGGAGGACAAGAUUGACCUGAAGAUCAUCCAUCUCGUCCGCGAUCCCAGGGGUGCAGCUGCCUCUAGACUCCACUACAUCAACAGACUGUACUCCUAUAUCCGCCCAGGUAACAACGUCGGGAGACUGAAACCACUAGGUCUUCUGAACCAUAUCCCUGAUGAGGUCAUGUACAUCCAAGAGAUGCGAGAAAACAAUCCAACUGUGCGUGGCAUGUGCCAGUGGAUAAGGAAAAAUAUCAAGGUCUCCCCAGAUCUUUUGCCGCCGUGGUUGCAGGGACGCUACCACCUCGUAAAGUAUGAGGAUUUCGCCGUGGACCCUUUGAAGAUCUCCAGAGGGAUUUACAAGUUUGUGGGAUUGCCAUUCCCGGAGAACGUCGAAUAUUGGAUCGAGAGGAACACGCAUGCUGUCUAUAGGAACGAUGAUAUGUUUUCAACACUAAGAAAUUCUCUUGAAGCAGCUACACAUUGGAUUGUUGACCUGUCUGAAUUAGAGAUAAAACAAAUUGAAGAGGAGUGCGCCGACGUCAUAAAACUUCUCGGCUAUAAAUCAUUUGAUGAACUUAAACAGACGUCAUAA